AUGUCCACGUUUUCAUUCACCGCUCUAUACGGAGGUGCCCUGGUCUGCGAUCUCCCCGCGCAUUUCGUUGAUGUUAGCAAUGAUAUUCCUGCUUAUACCCUAAUUGCCACUCAAACCCCCAAGUCCAGCAGAACUGAGCGCUCAUCAGUGCCGGAUUUUACAGCGAUUAUACUCACAUUAGUACGACUGGAGCGCGAAUCUACAGACAUCGCUAUCACCAUAAAUGUGCCGCAUAUUAAGGGCGAGUACGCCGAGGAAGAGGUGGAUCUUGAACUGGGUAAGCAAGGCGUCCUCAUCGGUGAUGCCGUCGAGUAUGCCGGGAGGAUUUGGGAUACCUUCAAGGUCAAAGAUUGGGGUCUAUUCAAGGCAGCCUAG